CCAGACUCCCCAGGGACACCAGCGAUAGUCAGACACCCUCCGCAUCGGUCGUCGCCGUUACCGUGAAGUGACUUCGGGCCUCAUAGUUUCGAUUGAUUAAAAAAUAUAUUUAUAAGAUUUGGUUGGUUGAUUGGUUGGUUGAUCGACUUGAAACAAGUGAAUCCUUGCUGUGGAUCCUUGGGGGUUUGAGAAAUAUUUAUUCAAGGGUUGCAAGUGAGUGGGAUUAAUGAGCUGGUGAAGAGGAGCAAUUAUGGCGAGCCAUUCGAGUUUUGAGUAUGAGGAUAGGAGUCAGAGGAUGAGGCACAGGGUCGGCACUACUUCCAGAGCGGCUGAUUCUACUGUCGCUUGCACUAGGUAUGCUCGAUAUCGUGGUAUACAACACUAUCAGUUCUCACGGUUAGUUCUAGUGUUAAGAACGGUGAUUGCGAUUUUUAGCAGCAUCAACUCGGCUUUCGACGAGCUACGAGUCCACGUGCCAACGUUCCCAUACGAGAAGAGACUGUCGAAGAUCGACACCCUUCGCCUAGCCAUAGCAUACAUCGCUCUUCUCAGGGAAGUGUUGGCUGCCCGACUCGACCCGCUCACUUACGUCGAAAGAUGCCUCAGAGGCGAAAUCAAUGGCGAGCGUGCCGAGUGGAACACCAGCGAUCUGACAGCACGGCUCUCGUGGAUAAACUGGGAGAACUUGGGUGUGAAUCCUAAUAGGCGAUCGGUAUUGACGACGCUCGCCCUGACGACGGACAAUAUGAAUUGAAGCUGAAAAAACGGGGACGAUGAAAAUCGCAGGAUUCUCCUUUUCAUUGUAAAUAAGACCCAGUCGAAUAGAGGGAACGAGCGCCACUCGAGGACGUUAUACAAUUUGUAUACAUUUCAGUUCUAGUCUGGACGUGCAAUACGAGCGGAUAUCACGUUACGUUUCGUACAUCUACGUAUAAGUAUUCGUGUACAUCGGGAGCAUAUAGCUGAUCUAGUUUUAGUAUUUUGUUUGGAAUAAAAUCAGGAGGCUACAUCUCUCGAGUUUCAUUCGAGAACCCACAGCAUUUCCUAAUUCAAUUCUACUUGAUGUCCUAAAAUUAUUGGAAAUCGGUUAAUAAAUGAAGAUCUGUUUAA